GCUUUGCCAGCACGCAUCAAACACCCAACGAGCCGUCGCCAACAUGAGAACCUACGACGACACCUUCAGUGGUCAGAAGAUCUAUCCGGGCAAGGGCAAGCUCUUCGUCCGCUCAGACAGCAAGAUCUUCCGUUUCCAGAACGGUAAGAGUGAGUCGCUCUUCCUGCAGCGCAAGAACCCACGUCGCAUCGCAUGGACUGUUCUGUGCAGAAGACAGCGCCGCAAGGGUAUCUCUGAGGAGCAAGCCAAGACCCGCCGCCGCAAGCAGGUCAAGGCUCAGCGUGCCGUCGUUGGUGCUUCCCUCGAUGUCAUCAAGGAGCGCCGUUCGAUGAGGCCCGAGGCCCGCUCUGCUGCUCGCAAGCAGGCCAUUGAGGAGGGCAAGAAGAAGCGUGCCGCUACCCAGAGCGAGAAGAAGGCCGAGAAGGCUAAGACUGCCGCGAAGACUGCUGCUGGCGCCACCACUGGCCGCAACGUCAGCAAGCAGGGCGCUAAGGGUUCCGCACCAAAGGUCAAGGCCACUACCCGCUAAUUUUCUGCGAGCUUGACACUUUUAUGGGCACUCGGGAUGAGGUACGGGAGUGCGAGGCCCUCGUGUGCUACACCAGAUAGUGGCAGAUGACGGGGCUGGAUUUCUAGGCAUGAGACAAAUCCAUCAACGAAGCUUCCAAAGAUACCCAGUUAUUACCUUUUCAUGAAUGGCUUUCGUAUUGUGGACAAGUG